AUGCCGCAUUGCCUUCCGUUCGGACACGGCGCCACUGAUCCCGACUUCGACAUGAUACAGCCGCGACCAAGAUCAAGAGAGUCGAAUCCAAAUACCGACAUGGACGGAGCAGUCGUCUCCAACGACCUCUCAGAGAAGUUGCAUUUAGGAACGAAAGCGCGCAAGCGCAGAAGAGCGCACUCAGAUCCAAAAGGUUUCGCAGCUCGGCCAAGACGGUCUUCCUUUGGUGGAUUGCGGAAGACGAAGUCGGCGCCAGUUGGUUUAGACCUUCCUGCAGUACACGAAGACACGAAAAAUAUGAAAGAGAUGGGACGAUUCGAGACGGUAUCAAAGUUACUCAAGCCAUCGGAUACCCUGAUAGAGGCGAAAGAGGUUGAUCACGCAAAAAGAGACGCUCUGGCCUCGAACACGUCCAGCUCCAUUACGCGUUCCAAAUGUCCGCCGGCAAGGAAUUCCGAUGGGACCCCAGCCGAUCCAAUCGCGACGCCGUCCCCGCCUGCGACCCCCCCACAACCCAAGAAACAGCCCUCGGUGCUUCCACCUCUUCAACUCCCAGCGCACGAAGCAAAAGAAGAGUACAAGAUCCCCCAAUUAUCACCGAUUAAAGUAUCGACCCGCAUAUCCUGGAAUCUCCCGAACCUCACUCUAAUCAUCUCCGAUCGAUCUUCGACAACUCCAGAGCCAAAUCUACAGCCAGAGGUCGAGUCCGAACCCCAGCCCGAGGAGAAACCACCAAGCUCCCGACACUCCUCUAAGCGCGUAGCCUUCUCUAAAGCCGCAGACGAGAUCAUCGCACCCAGAAAGCAGAUCCCCGAGCACUGUCCUUCACUCCACCGCCAGUCCUCCUGGAGCAGCGUAUUCCUGCUCACCGUAGCCUCUCCUGUGAAACCGGUCAAGGGCCAGGCGGUCGGGAAACCAAUCCUGAAACGAUCGAGUUCGAACCUAGAGGACCGCAUAGAAGAGCAACGCAAAGAAGAGGCAGACAGAAGUGGCGGCGAGCACGUCUACCUAAGCGCACUGAUGGAAAAGAACCUGAAGCGACUGCCGCGGAGCAAAAGCGGUAUGAAAGCGAGCGGUGCGAAACCUACAGUAUCGCUGGUCCAGCUUCCGGAAUCGCUGUACUCCAUGUCUAUUUCGGAUGGCCGAAGAACCCCGCCUGCUAUCCAGCAUAACGCGUCGCCGCCUUCCUCCUCGUCCUCGGCGACAUCUUUCGACUCGUCGUCAUCCUCCUCGAGCAAGGAUAGCGCGUUCAAGGCCGUCACUCUGAGCGAGCCGAUUCACUUCUCAAGGCCGCGUUCGCGGGGAGGUUCUCCUGAGAUGCCGCGACCGACUACGUCACCUGCGACUACGCCCGUGCGGAGUCCGAAUAAGCAUUCUAGCACGCAGUGUGAGGGGAAGUGGCUUCGAAGAGGGAGCAGAGGAAGUCUCCAUGGUGGGCAAGCUGAAGCUCCUCCCGUGCCGCCGCUUCCGAAGAGCCUUGGGGCAUUGAGGGCCUGCUAG